AUGGCCACUUCAACGCCUGAUUUUGCGUCUGACCCACGCAUGAAAUUGAAUGAACAAACAGGAAAAUGGACUUUUAUAGCUGACGAUGGUGUUUCUUAUGAGUAUGAUGACAAAAACAAUGCAUGGUUUCCAAUGUAUGACGAAAAAUUGGUUCAAUCUCAAUCGUCAAUCUAUGCUAUUGAAGGUGUAGAGGAAACCGUUCAGCCUAAAGAAAAAAAGAAAAAGAGAUCAGCUUCGACUUAUGAUGACACGUCUGAAAAGAAACAAAAGCAAGACAGAAUUACCUCGGUUUAUGUCACAGGUCUUCCAGCUGAUGUCACCGUGGAAGAGAUUAAAGAAAAGUUUAGCAAAUGCGGUGUCAUCAUGGAAGAUCUGGAGUCAGGUGAACCCAAGAUCAAGAUCUAUAAAGAUGAAAACGGUAAUCCAAAGGGAGAUUGCCUUGUAAGCUACUUUAAAGAAGAAUCUGUACCGCUAGCUAUUGAGCUAUUGGACGAAGCAGAGUUAAGACUAGGCGAUAGUUCAACCAAAAUGUCUGUAUCGAAAGCGGUGUUUAAGGAAAAGAAAGAUCAGCAAGGGGAUGCAAAAAAGAGAGUCAACAAGACAAGGGCAAAGAAAAAGAUGCAGCAGUUACAGCGAAAGUUGGACUGGGUCGAGGAUGAAACAGGGAAGAAACAGGAAAAGUUUGCAAAGAUUGUUAUCUUGAAAAAUAUGUAUACACAGGAGGAACUGGAUCAAGACCCAGCUCUUCUGCUUGAGUUAAAGGAGGAUGUACGUGAAGAGUGUGAAAAGUUGGGUGAAGUUACCAAUGUUAUCCUUUAUGAUAAAUCACCAAAUGGUGUUGUAUCUGUUAGAUUUAGAGAGAAAGAAAGUGCUGAAGCAUGUGUUGCGCUAAUGGAUGGUCGCUAUUUUUCUGGACGACAAAUUAGUGCGGAAAUAUAUGAUGGUAAGACGAGAUACGAAAAGACAGGAGGCAAACAAACAGAAGAAGAUGAAGAAGCGGAAAAGCAGCGCCUCGAAAGAUAUGCCAAAUGGUUAGAAGAGCAAGGAGGAGAAGAAAGUGUAAAGACACCAUAA